GUUUACUGUGCGCAGGUUGGCUGAUCUCCAUCGAGGACAUGCUACGGGCAUGUAUGUGUAUUUGACAGUUAUGAAGACGAUUAACUUUAGGUGAUCAGUUUGUGUGGCGGUGGCCAACAGCGGAGACUGCAUGACGCACGGAAAGGCGCAACUCGAAUAAAUACUACUUUAAAUGAAGGAUUCAGCUUAGGCUACGUCCUGCAGCUCAGAUGCAACUGACGCCUUACAUCUUUAUAUGGUUAAAGCAGGACACCAGUUCUCACCGAACAUGGACAGAGGGUGGUUUAUUGGACAGGAGAGGAUUCCCCCUCCGGAGGAGGAGACGUCCACCUCUUACAGCAGUGUCUCAAGGCCUUGCAUUACUGUUAACGUGACUAAAAUGCUUCAAGCUGACAAACCUAGUGCAGUAAAGAAACUAAUUCCAAUCCGCCCCCCAAGCCCCAGAGUCUCUCUGCAGAAGGAACAGGAGUUCCAUUGCGGUCUCUCUUGUGAACCCCUGCCUAAACCCAUCAUCAGACAACGAUCCCGCUCUCUGCCCUCCGCUAGAGAGAAGAAGAAGAAAUGCAGAAAUUUUGGCGUACGCUUUAUUGAUUCUUUGGGGCUUGACCUGGAAAACAUCAAGCUUUUCAAAUCGGGAGAAGAUCCAUUUGUACCACAUCAUGUUACCUAUAGAUUGUCGAUGGGUGCAGAGUUGGCGGAUGGAAGACAUCUGGAGAUAUCCUUGCCAUACUUGAAGCCGGUUUUUGCCCAACAACCUGGCGACCAGCACGGAUUCCUGCAUCGCCUUUAUGAGCAGAAAGUGUGUCUCGAGAGAGUCUUGUGUUUUGAACUGGGUGUCAUCGGAAUCACCCAGGUCCUUAAUUUGGAUUUUGAGAAAGAUGUCAUAGCUCGCUAUUCAUUUACAGAUUGGAAGAGCAGCACAGAAACUAAGGCCUCUUGGGUGUCCACCAUCACCAAGACCUGGGAAGGAGGAGAGGGCCAAGUCAGCUGUGAUACAUUUCGUUUCCACUUGCCUGUCCCUCCAUUCCUGCAGCCAGGAGCAGUGUUACAGUUUGUCAUUAAAUACAGAGUCUGUGGGGCUGAAUACUGGGACAACAAUGAUGGAGAGAAUUAUAAGUUAGUUUGCCAUAACUACAAGCUCACUGUGCCCAAAGAAUGCGAGGAUAGCAUGGUGCACUUCAUUUAAGGUAGAUGAAACCUAUUUAGAGCACCUGAUGAUGGCUAAAUAUGCAUAACUGCAUUGUGACAUGUAAUGUUGAUUUUGUUAGACUAACAGAGGAUUUCUUUGAAUCAAGUUAGAUUUGAGAUAAACUGUCAACUCAGGAUAGACCUAGUCAGAGUGAACAAUAACACAAACACCAAUGCACUUUUACCUUACGCCAACUUUAAUGCCACUGUUUCACUUUUUUGUUUUCUUUUUAAAAAAUGCACUCUAUAAUUUUAUUUUACUGGUUUAAAAAAAAAAAGCACUUUAAUGUGGGCACUUUGAAUGGAUGUGACACCCACUGAGCAUUAUAUACAUAUUCAGUCAAAUUUAAAUUAUUUCACAUCAGUCCACUCUUUUUUCCAGCUGGGUAGAAAGAAAAUAGUUUUAAUACAAAGCAGGAAUUUUGUCUGCAGAACUAUUUUGCUCUUGGCUGUUAUCAGGCAGAAUUGUCAACUCGUCAUAAUAGGUGGAGUGGGCCGAUUCAAAGGUCUGGACUCAGGCAAAAAAACCUAACCCUGUAAUCAAGAGUUUAUUUUUUAAUCAUAUGUUAUGAAACCAAAUGCCAUAACCAUGCAAUAUAUACAAUUUGAAUGACUCAGAUAUGUGUAUUUUGUUUAACAAUAAAACACAGUUGCCAAUAA